AUGGCAAGUUUUGGAACAACCCAGAGAAUUCCCACAUCAUCAACACCAAUAUCUUCAUCCACCAACGAACCUUAUGAACCAAAAGCACCUCGUGAAAAGCAGUUCAAGGACUUCAACCUUUACUGUCCUGUUAAUAUUCCCCUAACCCCAGUAUCUGCAGCUCUUCGGAUCAUCAGAAACUUGGGCAAUUUAGGGUUAUAUUACACACUAUUUGUCUGGAUCAUACUCUUCAUAGCCUUAAUCCCUGAGCGCAAGGUUUCUCUGAUUCUUCUGGUUAUUAUGAGCUAUGUGACAACCUUGUACUUGCUACUAUUAAGGGCAUACCCUAGUUCUUAUGUCCUUCACAGAGUUAUAGACAAAAGGUUUGUUUUGGCUCUACUUGCAAUUGCCACUAUGGUUCAACUAAUUGUAACAAGAGCGGGAAUUCAUCUGGGUGUGACUUUGGCUUGUUCGAUGCCUCUGGUCUUGUUUCAUUCUGUUCUAUGGAUUAGUCAUCAAGAGAUUUCUGAGAAUAUUGAGGCUUCUGGUGUGGAAGAACUGGCUCCUCUUUCUGAUGAUAGGGUGUGAUCAUUUUUGGUUGUUGAUAUAAUUUUAACAGAGUCUUUUAAUUUGGAUAUACUACGUUAUUGUCAUGGAUACUUUUCAAAGAUUUAUGCGAUUAGUGUUGAAUUUUGAGUAAUAAAUGUUGGAUACUCG